CUGAAUGAGAAUAGUCGAGUGUCUGCAGUUUUAACGAUUUUCUUUGGUAUAAUUUAUUUAGCAUUUCCAUGUUAACCCGUUUGAGAAUGUCGAAGUUAUUACGGUAUCCGUUGUUGCGCGGGAUGAUGACUUAUACCGUUUUAUGGCCAACUGCUAAUCUGGUUCAGCAAAGAUUGGAAGGCAAACAUUUUGACUCUUUCGACUAUAAACAGUGUGUUCACUACGGUUUAUAUGGUGCAUUUUAUGUCGCUCCAACUCUUUACGGAUGGGUUCGAAUAUCUUCAAUCAUGUGGCCGAGCAUGAAUUUAAAAACUGCGUUGUUUAAAGCGGCAAUCGAACAAGCGACAUACGGUCCUUUUGCUGGUGUAAGUUUUUUGUACAUCAUGUCGCUGAUCGAAGGAAAAACAUCGCAAGAGGCGGCACUUGAAGUAAAAAACAAAUUUCCUCAAACUUAUGCUGUUGGGUUAGCCGUCUGGCCUAUUGUUCAAACCAUUAAUUUUGCUUUUAUCCAUGAACGUAAUCGGGUACCAUUCGUAGCAGCAUGUAGUUUUCUUUGGACAGUAUUUCUAGCUUCUGUAAAACGAAAAGAUAGUGCCUAAAACGGGCUAAGGAUUAAUUUUAUUUUCCUAAUAAACCUGUUUUACUUUUCGGCAUGAUAUGUUGAAAAUGAUGUUUGAAAAUGAUAUGUUGGAAACAGUGCAUGCAAUGUCUGGUUGACUAAAAUUGCUAAUAAGGCUCCGUUGUUACGUUUAAGAACCAAUAUUGCGUGCGCGUCAAAGGAAAAUCAAUUAUUAUUUGUGUUUCCACGAUAGACCUGCCUAUUACAUCAGAUACAAUAUUUAUGAUCAUUAUAUGAAAGCGGUUUAUGCGCUUUUACAAUAGGCAUGGAUAACUUCCUUUAA